AUGGAGAAACGAACAACAGAAGAGCAAGAGACCAUCAACAGUCUCCAAGCUAAUUGGGUCUGGGUUCCGAACUGGAUCGACUCUUCCACUUUUAAUACCGCCGGGCGAUUGGUUAAAUUCACGAGAAAGUUCAACUUGAUAUCAAGGCCAACACAAGCCCUCUUGCAUUUCUCUGCUGACACAAGAUACAAGUUAUUUGUCAAUGGCACUCACAUCGCCACUGGGCCCGCGAGAGGAAGCCCAUUGAUCUGGUACUAUGAUACCCAGGAUAUCGGAGCCCAAUUAGACAUCGGAGAAAAUGAAGUGGAAUUUGUGGUGCUGCGGUAUUUCGCCUCGUCUCGUGGGGGCAUGCCAUUCGAGAGAACGGCCUUGCCUGGAUUGACGGUAAUAGGCAGUGUUGAAACAGCAACUGAGACUGUGAAUCUUGAAUCCCAGCAGCUUUGGGAAGCACGAGUGGACGACAGUGUGAACUACCCAACGGGCCUUAUAGAUGACGUAUUCCUCCAUAUCAACGAGCGUGUUGAGCUCAAAGAAUCCAGACCAGUCUCUACACCAGUUCCAUAUAACAUAAUAUGUCGUAAUGGAGAGCUUUCACCUUGGCGCCUACGCCCGCGUGCUAUCCCAAUGCCCGAAACUCAGGAUAUCAGCAUCAGGACGCUCAAGUUCUGUGAAAGUGCUAUCGCAAGCGAGGACUGGUCUGAGUUUUUCUCCCAGAAUCGCGCUAUCACACUCCAACCCAGGUCUAGUCAUGCACUAGAGCUACAGGCUGAUGAACACUCUACUGCAUUCCUGCGAUGGGUAUUCAAAGCUGUCGAGCGGCCAUCUCAGGUUAGACUGAACGUCACAUACUCGGAGGGAUAUGAAUUCGAACCUCCUUCCUACCCCUACUUCCGAUCAAAAGGCGAUCGACUAGAUGCAUCCAAGGGAUCUAUUAUUGGUCCACGCGAUGAAGCAGUCCUCGCCGUUCCUGAUUCUGAAGAUCUGAUAUAUGAACCCUUCUGGUUUCGAACCUUCCGAGUCUUGCGAAUUGAAAUCACGAUCGGAUCAGAGCCAGUGAUCUUGGUAUCCUUCAACGGAACCCAAGUGAAUUAUCCUCUCGCUGUGAAAGGUGCCUGGGACAAUCCCGAAGAUCCCAUGAGCAAGGACAUCUGGGAUGUGUCCAUUCGAACCUUGAGAAACUGCAUGUUUGAUUGUUAUUCCGACUGCCCCUUUUAUGAGCAGCUUCAAUACUCUGGAGACAGCAGGUCAGUUGGCCUAUUUCACUACCUCCUCUCAGGGGACGAUAGAUUGAUGCGGCAAGCAAUCACAAACUUCGCAUCCUCCAUCACACCCGAAGGACUAACGCAAUCCCGAUUCCCCUCACACGUGCCCCAGAUCGUGGCGGGCUUCCCACUCUACUGGAUCCUGCAAGUGUGUGACCAUAACCUCUUCUUCGGCGACACCACUUAUUCCCGUGCGUUCGUGCCCCGCAUAGACGGCGUCCUCGAUUUCUUCGACUCCCGUAUCGACGAACUAGGUCUAGUAAGCGGAAUACCCGCCGACGUAUGGCAAUACGUUGACUGGGUGACGACCUGGGCCGCGACAGACGAGCACCCCGACAAAGGGGUCCCAACCUCCGGCCGAAAGUCAAAUAGACACACGUAUUUCAGCAUGCUCUAUGCGUACGUCCUGCGACAAGCUGCUCGACUAGUCCGCCAUGUUGGACGCCCCGGAAAUGCAGAUGAAUACGAUUCCCGCGCCGAAGCACUAGUAUCGGCUAUUCGAAAACACUGCUACGAUGGCGAGUUCUUCACGGAUUCAACGGCCGAUAUAGCAGACAAUGGCGCAUAUUCGCAGCAUAGCCAGGUGUUCGCCGUGCUUUCAGGUGCUGCUUUACCGCUGGAUCGUAAGCGUAUUCUCAUGGGGUCAUUUAAGAAUCCAAGAUUCUCAAAGUGCUCUUAUGUCAUGCGCUUUUAUCUCCUUCGCGCUUUGGCAAUUGCUGGAGAUGAUGCUUAUAAUAAUCUCUGGCAUGAGAUGUGGGAGCCGUGGCGAGGCAUGCUAGCGAAUAAUAUGUCUACUUGGGAGGAAGAUGAUGUCCGACAACGAUCUGACUGUCAUGCGUGGGGAAGUGUUCCGAUAUAUGAGUACUGCACAGAGGUAGCAGGUAUUACUCCGAUCGCGGCUGGGUGCUCGAAGGUACUUUUCAAGCCGCGGUUGCAGAUAACUAAGGCUCUAGAGGCGAGGGUUGCAUUGGGUUAUGACAAUUUGGCUACCGUCGCUUGGGCUACCGAUUCGACCGGCAAAAUGAAAAUACGACUUGAUCUACAAAAAGCUGUUUCUGUUGUGAGUCAGUUGCCAGGUGGGACUUUGGAGGAACAUGGUGUUCUUGACCAUCUAGAACUGACUUACCAGCUUGUUUAA